GCAGAGCGGCUCGCAGCGCUGGGUGUGGCGGGCCGGGAUGCGCCAGGCUCCGGGCCUGUGCUCAGUCAUCGGCGGCCGUGCCUGCGGAGCGGGCCCGCUUUCGGGAUGAGCAAACUUCUGCACAGCGCGGCCGGCCUGAGAUAAGCAGUUUCUGAGGACUGAAGGACCUGCCCAGGGAACACCUGCUUGUGAGGUGCAGAGGAGCUCAGGCAUGGCUGAGCUGGAGCACAACCUGAGCCUGGCCGACGCUCUGACGGAGCCGGCCCACGACAUCGAGGAGGAGGUGAAGAGAGACUUCAUCGCUACCCUGGAGGCAGAGAAGUUCGACGACGUGGUCGGGGAGACCGUGGAUAAGACAGACUACGUGCCCCUGCUGGAUGAUGAGGACGGUGCAAAGCCCGGCAGCCAGGAGCCCAAAGGCAAAGGGCACGUGGAUGGAAUUCCCGUGGAACAUUCUUCAGCCUCUGGGCCCAUGGUGGUGGAGAACGGCGACCACGGGCUGCAGGAUCACCGCACAGUAUUCCCAGGAGAAAUCAUGGAUGAGAAGAUGUCCUACAAAGAGUUCCUGGACCGCAACGACUCCUGGGCAGCAGAGGAGAGGGACCUGUGCUUCAAACCCAUGGACAUGGCUGAGCCCUUCAGCCUCCACAGAGGGGAGAACCUGCCGGACUUGUCCUUCCCCACGGACAUGAAGAGCGUGCCGCUGUUCCCGGGCCACGCCGACGCCACCAGGGACGUCCUGGCUCCACAUGGAUCCAUGAUGGGCCCUGAGCAACCUUUCCUGGGCUCCCUGUACUCCCCUGCAGAGGCUCUGGACCCGUCAGCCUUCAUGGGCCUCGAGUCAGGCACAGAAUUCCUGUCAGGAAAAGCAGCACCUGAGGAGUACUGGAUGGGAGCUCAGCAGGACAUAAAGGGACCAGAUACCUCUUUCUUUGUUGAGCCACCAGUGCCCCCCGCAGCCACAGAGGCCAUCAGGACCAGCCUGCCCGAGAGCCCCACGGCGGCGGCGCCCGGGGGUGUCCCUGCUGCAGCCUCCGAGGGACCACAGGGCUCCACGCCAGGUGCCGCCUCUGUUCCCGCCGCCGCCGCCGCGUCCCUUCCCGCAGAGGAGGCUGGGGCUGUCCCUGCUGGGGACACCAAAGCUGCCCCAGGGCCUGCAGCAGCAGCAGCAGCAGCCAGCCCUCUCCAGCAUGCGGGGCUGUCCCCUGCUCCUGAAGCCAGCCCUCCCAAAGGUGUCAAGGACGUGUCCACCCCGGGGACAGAGCUCGGCUUCACCCCAGCAGCAGAUAUGGAAUCCCACCAUGGGCUGGAUUUGGGAUUUGCCCCAGCAGCAGAUAUGGAAUCCCACCAUGGGCUGGAUUUGGGAUUUGCCCCAGCAGCAGAUAUGGAAUCCCACCAUGGGCUGGAUUUGGGGUUUGCCCCAGCAGCAGAUAUGGAAUCCCACCAGAGCAUGGAUUUGGGGUUUGCCCCAGCAGCAGAUGUGGAAUCCCACCAGAGCUUGGAUUUGGGGUUUGCCCCAGCAGCAGAUGUGAAAUCCCACCAGAGCUUGGAUUUGGGGUUUGCCCCAGCAGCAGAUGUGAAAUCCCACCAGAGCAUGGAUUUGGGGUUUGCCCCAGCAGCAGAUGCAGAACCUCACCAUGCCUUGGAUUUGGGAUUUUCUCCAGCAGCAGAUGGCAAAGCUCAGCACGUUAUGGGCUCUGAGUUUACCCCAGCAGCAGAAGUCAAUCAUCACCAUGGCCUGGACUCUGGGUUUGCUCCUGCAGCUCCAGCCACGCCUGUGCCUGCUGCGGACGCCGGGAAGGCGGCGGUGGAAGCCCAGCCUGGCCCUGCAGCUGCCCCCAGGAUUGCUGUGUCUGGGGAGCUGCCCACACCCCUCCAGCAAGACAAGGCUCCUGCAGAAGCAGCAGCAAAGGUGGAAGCAGAAUCCAAAGCCCCAGAAGUUUGUGUGGAUGACUCAGAGAAGAUGAAGGACAGGAAACCCCCCCCGAGCCCCCCGGACCAGCACAUUCCCGGGAAAAGCAGCCACCACUGGGAGCCAGCAGCUGAAGCAAAAGGAGCACUAGAAAAUAAAGACCUUGCAGAAAAGUCUGCUGCUGCUGAGGACGGUGAGACACCAAAGGAGGAGGCUGAGCACAACCACGUCCAACACGCAGAACCUCAGGAAGGGAAACCCCUGCAGGAGCCCACAGCCAAACCAGAGGAGCCCAAAGCAGCCGAGGCCGUGAGUGGGAACGACAUCACAGCUCCUCCCAACAAGGAGCUCCCUCCCAGCCCCGAGAAGAAGACCAAGCCUGCCGCACCCACCUGCACUCCAAAGCCGGCAGCAGCGAAGGCCAAGGCCGCGGCCACCAGCAGCCCCAGGCGGCCGGGCUCGGCCACCCCGGCCACAAACAAAAAGCCCACGAGCCCCAGCACAGCUCCUGCUGCAGGCACCACCUCCAAACGCCCCGGCUCCAGCAGCACCCGUCCCUCCACCUUAACUCCAAAAGAGACUAAACCAAAGGUCGCCGAUGCGAAGCCCGCAGAGAAGAAAACCUCCCUCUCCAAGGCUCCAUCCUCCACCACUCCGAAAACUCCCUCCAGGAGCUCCUCUGCUGCUCCCCGGACCACGGCGCCGUCGCCGGUGACGGCAGCGGCUGCUGCCAAAACCACGGCGGCCACUCCUCCCAAGAGGCCGACGUCGAUCAAGACGGACGCGAAGCCGGCAGAUGUCAAGAAAACCCCUGCAAAGUCUCCCUCAGCGGAUCCCAGCCGCCCCAAGAGCGCUCCUGGCAGUGCCACCAAGAGCAGUGCCACCACUCCAUCCACCGCGGCCUCCAGCGCGCCCAGCGUGCCCGGGGCCGCCAGCCGGCCCAAGCCCAAAGCUGCCGCCCCCAAAGCCGCCACGGCCUCCACCGUGUCGGCCGACGCCAAGAAAACCACGGCCAAGGCCGGCAGCAAAGCCAGCACGGCCACCAGGGCACCGCGCCCGGCCAGCAGCGCCUCCAACCCCGACCUGAAGAACGUGCGCUCCAAGAUCGGCUCCACCGACAACAUCAAACACCAGCCCGGGGGAGGGAAGGGGAAAGUAGAGAAAAGGCCCGAGCCCGCCGCCGCCGCGCCCAGGUCUGAGCCCAGCACGGGCACUAAAGUGGCUCCUAAAGCAGCCGCAGCAAAAGAGGGGGUCCCCAAACAGCCCAAUGGGAAAGUCCAGAUAGUCUCCAAAAAAGCGAACUACAGCCAUGUUCAGUCCAAGUGUGGUUCCAAGGACAAUAUUAAGCAUGUCCCUGGAGGUGGGAAUGUGCAGAUCCAGAACAAGAAAGUCGACCUUUCCAAAGUGUCCUCCAAGUGUGGAUCUAAAGCAAAUAUCAAGCAUAAGCCAGGGGGAGGAGAUGUCAAAAUCGAGAACCAGAAGCUGAACUUCAAGGAGAAGGCCCAGGCCAAAGUGGGAUCUCUGGACAACGUGGGACACGCGCCGGCCGGAGGGGCCGUCAAGGCGGAGGGCGGCGCGGAGCCGGCGCAGCUCCCGCCGCCGAACGGAGCGGGGCCGGGGCCGGGCGCGCCGCCCGCGGGCCCCGCGCCGCGGGAGAACGGCGUGGGGCCGGCCCUGGCCGCCCUCGGCACCGCCGACCAAAGGGAAAUGCAGAGCCUCGACACUCACAUCCAAGAAACAAGCAUCUAAUGAUGACAUUAUGGUAUCGUCUUCCAUUCCCCUCCUGUCCCUUGUCUCCUCCUCUCCCCGUGUCCCCUUGUCCCCUGCCCUUGUGUCGCUGCAGAUUGAGUCUCACAAGCUGACGUUCCGUGCGAAGGCCAAGGCUCGGACAGACCACGGAGCGGAAAUCGUCGUCUCCAAACCCCCCCACCCCUUCCAGCAGCACCUGCCCCCGGCGUAGCACCAGCGCCAGCCCGGGCCCCCCGCCACCGCCACCGCCGCCGGCCGCGCCCUCCCAGCAAGGCUUGUGACCCCCGGCCCCGCUCCGCCCCGGACCCAGCUUGGCUCUCUUAACCCGGCUCUGCCUCUAGGUGGGAAGGGGACGAUGUUCCGCGGGCCGGGCCCCUCCGCCCGGGCUGGGGUCCCUCGGGGCCGGGCAGGGGCUGCCCUCGCCCGUCCCGCCGGCCUGGGGGGCUCUGGAGCGGCGGUGUCGCGUCGGGGCCGUGCCGGGCGGGGCAGAGCAGAGCCCGGGCCGGGCCGAGUUAACAGGGAUAAGCUGUGAUCUUUCUUUCUGUCUCUUUUUUUAACCCCUUCCCUCCUCGCCGCUUCAGUUUCUGCCGCCUGUGGGAUGCUGAUAAAUCCCCUCCACACUCGUUAGGCUGUUUUAACUGUUGACUUGAACCUUUUAUUCUUUGUGACGAAGUGUUGAUGAUUUAUCGUGUUCGAACCCGUGCUAAGUUUCCUUUUCUCUUUCCUUCUUUUCCGACCCCUAGGAGAGUAGGGACAUUUAACCGCUGCUGCCGUGCUGGCUUCUUACUGACAUAUCCAGCCGUUGUAACUUCUUUGUUGUUGUUUGGGUUUUUGGGUUUUCUUUUUAAUAUUUUAAAACGAUGGAGCGAGUUCAUGGGAUUAAGCCAUGUCUGGAACGAAAGGCACAGGAAUGUGUAAAGGGCAAACUUGCUGUGAGAGCUCAGGUGGAGCCUGUGUUGACCUCGAGGUGUGUUAAUUGAUGCUCGAGAUGUGUUAAUUGAUGCUCGCGAGCCCUCCCCGGGGCGCCUUCUGCAAAGGUGGAUUAUUUAUUACCGGCACGGCCGAGCCCUGGGACUUCUCCCGAUUUUCCAGGGGCUGAGGGAGCAGGAGGCGGCCGUGGCGGGGCAGGAGGGCGCAGGCCGGGGGUUCCGAGGCUGCAGCAGGUCCGUGGGGUGUGUGGGGAGUGUGGGGUGCGCGGUUUUAGGGGAUGGAUGCGGGACCCGAGCGGUGCCGGGGUGAGCAGCGCCGGAGGCAGCGGGGCAGGGAGGGCAGCGCUCAUCCCGGGCCCAGCCCGGGCCCUCGGCGGGGCAGGGCGGUGCCAGGGAGCUGCAGCUGGGACAGGAAGGAGAUUCAGCCACUCUUGGAGCUCCUCGUUUCAAAUGACACUAAAGAAACGAAAUGUAAAUAAAUUAAAAGAAAAGUGUUCUUGGGUCAAACUAAUUUAAAGCAAACAAAAAGGGCAGAAUAACAAAACACUGGGAUCAAAGAGAACUGAACCAGGCGUGUGCUAAGGGGGGCUGCUCCAGGAGGGGACAGAGGGAAGCCUGCAGCUUCUCGUGCUUGUGGGAGUAUUUCUUUGGGAAGCCGACAACGACACGAUAACUCGGAAUCUGUAUUUACACACAAGAUUCUUAUUGCACUUGUAUUUUUUAUAUUAAAGUUUGCAUGGUUUCUAAUAAAAUGGCAUUAAAAUGUA